AUGGCGGCCGCCGGGGCUGCAGGCGGGACGGGGGCUAUGACGGAAAAGCAAGAGUUUUACCAGCUUCUGAAGAACCUCAUCAAUUCAAGCUGCAUGGUGCGGAGGCAGGCCGAGGAGGUGUACGAAAAUAUCCCGGGCCUGUGCAAGACGACGUUCCUGAUCGACGCCGUCCGCAACAGAAGAGCGGGCUACGAGGUGAGGCAAAUGGCUGCCGCCCUGCUCAGGCGGCUUCUCUCCUCCGGGUUUGAGGAAGUCUAUCCGAAUCUACCUCCCGAGGUUCAGAGGGACGUCAAGAUCGAACUGAUCCUGGCUGUUAAGUUAGAAACGCAUGCCAGCAUGAGGAAAAAACUUUGCGACAUUUUUGCAGUGCUGGCCCGGAAUUUGAUAGAUGAGGAGGGCACCAACCACUGGCCAGAGGGUCUGAAAUUCCUGAUUGAUUCCAUCUACUCCAAGAAUGUGGUUCUUUGGGAAGUUGCCCUUCACGUGUUCUGGCACUUCCCUGGGAUUUUUGGGAACCGAGAGCGGCACGAUCUGGAUAUUAUCAAACGUCUGUUGGACCAGUGCAUUCAAGAUCAAGAGCAUCCUGCCAUCAGGACAUUGUCCGCGAGAGCGGCAGCUGCCUUUGUACUUGCGAAUGAGAGUAACGUGGCUCUUUUCAAAGACUUUGCAGACUUGCUCCCGGGAAUCCUACAGGCUGUGAGCGACUCAUGCUAUCAGGACGAUGAUUCUGUCCUGGAAUCCCUUGUUGAGAUUGCAGACACCGUUCCCAAGUACUUGGGCCCUUAUUUGGAAGAUACUCUGCAGUUGAGUCUCAAGUUAUGCAGCGACACUAGGCUUAGUAAUCUGCAACGCCAGCUCGCUCUUGAAGUAAUAGUGACCUUGUCCGAAACGGCCACCCCAAUGUUGAAAAAGCAUACAAAUAUUAUUGCCCAGGCUGUACCUCACAUAUUAGCGAUGAUGGUGGAUCUGCAAGAUGAUGAGGACUGGGUGAAUGCUGAUGAAAUGGAAGAGGAUGACUUUGACAGCAAUGCGGUUGCUGCUGAGAGUGCACUUGACAGACUGGCUUGUGGGCUUGGCGGAAAAGUGGUUUUACCAAUGACCAAGGAGCAUAUCAUGCAGCUGCUUCAAAGCCCCGACUGGAAAUGUCGGCAUGGUGGGCUAAUGGCCUUAUCUGCCAUCGGAGAAGGAUGCCAUCAGCAAAUGGAAUCAACUCUAGAUGAAACGGUGAACUCUGUUUUGCAUUUUCUGCAGGAUCCUCAUCCGAGGGUGAGAGCUGCAGCCUGCACUACGCUUGGACAGAUGGCUACAGAUUUUGCACCUGGUUUCCAAAAGAAAUUCCAUGAAAUGGUGAUCCCAGCUUUGUUGCGGACCAUGGAAAACCAAGGCAAUCAGCGUGUGCAAUCCCAUGCAGCUUCUGCGCUUGUUAUUUUUAUUGAAGACUGCCCCAAAUCAUUGCUAGCUCUGUAUUUAGAUGGUAUGGUAAAAAACUUACAUUCUAUCUUGGUGAUUAAACUGCAAGAGUUGAUUCGGAAUGGAACAAAGUUGGCAUUAGAGCAACUUGUGACAACCAUUGCUUCUGUCGCAGAUACAAUAGAAGAAGAAUUUGUUCCGUACUAUGAUAUAUUUAUGCCCUCUCUAAAGCACAUUGUUGAACUUGCUGUUCAAAAGGAACUCAAGAUCCUGAGAGGAAAAACUAUUGAAUGCAUAAGCCAUGUUGGUCUUGCUGUUGGGAAAGAAAAAUUUAUGCAAGAUGCAUCCAGUGUGAUGCAGCUGUUGCUGAAGACGCAAUCAGAUUUAAAUAAUAUAGAAGAUGAUGACCCUCAGAUCUCUUACAUGGUUUCCGCAUGGGCUAGAAUGUGUAAAAUUCUUGGAGAAGAUUUUCAACAGUAUCUUCCAUUGGUUAUCGAGCCACUUAUUAAGACUGCUUCAGCAAAACCUGACGUAGCUCUCUUAGACACACAGGAUGUGGAGAAUAUGAGCGAGGAUGAUGGCUGGCAAUUUGUAAAUCUUGGAGACCAGCAAAGUUUUGGAAUUAAAACAUCAGGACUUGAAGCAAAAGCAACUGCUUGCCAGAUGUUGGUUUACUAUGCUAAAGAGUUACGGGAGGGAUUUGUGGAAUAUACAGAACCAGUUGUCAAGCUGAUGGUUCCCUUACUGAAGUUUUACUUCCAUGACAAUGUUCGAGUGGCAGCAGCAGAGUCCAUGCCUUUUCUGCUAGAAUGUGCAAAAACGAACGGAUCUGAGUAUCUAGCACAGACGUGGCAGUUCAUAUGUGAUCCCUUAAUCAAGGCUAUUGGGACAGAACCUGAUACAGACGUGCUCUCAGAAAUAAUGAAUUCUUUUGCAAAGUCCAUUGAAGUAAUGGGAGAUGGGUGCCUCAGUGACGAGCACUUGGAAGAACUGGGAAGAAUACUGAAAGCAAAGCUUGAAGGCCACUUUAAAAAUCAAGAACUGCGCCAGGUCAAAAGACAAGAAGAAACCUAUGACCAGCAGAUUGAAAUGUCUCUGCAAGACGAGGAUGAAUGUGAUGUGUAUAUUCUAACCAAAGUAUCAGAUAUUUUGCACUCAUUAUUUAGUACCUACAAGGAAAAGAUUUUGCCGUGGUUUGAACAGCUACUCCCAUUAAUUGUAAAUCUCAUUUGUUCCAGUAGGCCAUGGCCAGACAGACAGUGGGGACUGUGCAUUUUUGAUGACCUCAUAGAGCACUGCAGUCCGACCUCAUUCAAAUAUGUAGACUAUUUUCGGUGGCCAAUGCUCCUAAAUAUGCGAGAUAACAACCCUGAAGUCAGGCAAGCUGCUGCUUAUGGCCUAGGAGUGAUGGCACAGUUUGGUGGAGAUGAUUAUCGCUCUCUCUGCUCAGAAGCUGUUCCACUGCUGGUAAAAGUUAUUAAAUGUGCAAAUUCUAAAACCAAAAAAAAUGUCAUUGCCACGGAAAACUGUAUCUCAGCAAUAGGGAAGAUUUUGAGGUUUAAGCCUAACUGUGUAAAUGUGGACGAAGUUCUUCCACACUGGUUAUCGUGGCUUCCCCUGCAAGAGGACAAAGAAGAAGCCCUUCAGACUUUGAGUUUUCUCUGUGACUUAAUUGAAAACAACCACCCAAUUGUACUUGGCCCAAAUAACUCCAACCUUCCCAAAAUAAUCAGUAUAAUUGCCGAAGGAAAAGUUAAUGAGACUAUUAACUCCCAAGAUCCUUGUGCCAAACGUCUGGCCCAUGUCGUGCGGCAGGUUCAGGCUGAUGAAGAGUUAUGGUUGGGAUGCAUUUCCCAACUUAAUGAGGAACAGCAGGCAGCCUUACAGGAGUUGCUAAAUUUUGCUUGA